AUGAUCAACUCUACUCGUGUUUCAUAUUUCACACUUGGUGCCUACUUUGACACUGGGCUUUUUAAAUACUUUUUGUUCAUUAUUGUUAUGCUGUUAUAUAUUCUAAUUGUUUGUGCCAACGUUUUGCUGAUUGCGGUGAUCUGCAUGAACAGAAGCCUACACGAACCUAUGUACCUGUUUCUGUGCAGCCUGUUUGUAAAUGAACUGUAUGGUAGCACAGGGUUGUUUCCAUUCCUUCUGCUUCAGAUCCUCUCUGACAUUCACACUGUUUCUACUUCACUUUGUUUCCUGCAGAUUUUCUGUUUGUACUCUUACGUUUGUGUAGAAUUUUUCAGCUUAUCCAUCAUGUCUUAUGACAGAUACCUCGCUAUAUGUUAUCCUCUACAAUAUAACACACGUAUGACACAUAACAAGAUUACAAUACUCAUUGCUCUAACAUGGUUAUAUGCUUCUGUUUUAUGUUUUGUUCCAAUAUCACUGAGUGCCCCGUUACAGCUGUGUGGGAACAUUAUUGACAAAGUUUACUGUGACAACUAUUAUAUUGUCAAACUGGCCUGUUCUGACACCAGAGUGAAUAACAUCUACGGACUCAUUGGCACGUCUCUCACGGUCGGAUGUCCUGUAACACUAAUCCUGUACACUUACAUGAGGAUUCUCAAAGUUUGUUUUUCUGGUUCCAAGCGGACCAGACAAAAAGCCGUCAGUACCUGCACACCUCACCUUGCUUCUCUGCUCAACUUCUCCUUUGGGGCUUUCUUUGAAAUAGUCCAGAGCAGAUUUAAUAUGAACAAUAUCCCCAGUAUGUUACGAAUAUUUUUAUCCCUAUAUUGGCUCACCUGCCAGCCGCUCUUCAACCCAUUACUAUAUGGCCUGAAUAUGUCGAGUGUCCGUAUCAUUUGUAGACAUCUGAUUUUUGCUUAAACGUAGACCUUCGAAGGCUCAUUCCAGAGUUGAGCUAAUUUGAAUUUUUGCUGUGCUUUAUAAACAC